AUGGAUUCUACACAGAAAUUAGAUCCUAAUUCAAUAGAAUAUUGGAAAGAACAGGCAUCUAAUUUUGAACGAAAAGCUAAUGAACUACAACAGGAAUUGGAUGAAUAUACAGAAAAUUCUGCUCAACUUGAAAGAGAAUUGGAAGCCUCCCUAGUACAAGUAGAAAAUCAGAACAGAGAUCUGGAACGCCAAAACCAAAGGCUUAAAAUGGAAAUAGAACAACUUAAGAAUAAACUAGAUAGAAGUCAACAUGAGACAAAUGCCUUGGAAAAUGAGUUACAAGCAUUAAAAAAAGAAAAGGAAAAACAAGCUAUUUAUGUAAGAGAAAUAGAACAAAAAAAUGAUGAUUUAGAAAGAGGACAAAGAGUCAUAUCAGAAUCAGUAGCAUGUAUAGAACAACUAUUAAAUCAAGCAUAUGAAAGAAAUGCAGUACUGGAAAGCGAGGUGGAUGAAAUUGAGAAUCUCAGAAUAAAAUUGCAACGUGCAAAUGAUGAAGCAAGAGAUCUUAAACAAGAAUUAAAAGUAGUAGAGAAAAUACCUACACCAAAGAAAGAAGAUAGUGCACCAGAGGUGUGCAAUGGCCACACUACUGCCCGAGCUCAAGUUGAAAUUGAGACACAAACAUCAAUAGCAUCUCCCCAAAGAAGGGAAAUAAAUGGAAAUGCAAUGACUCCAUCAUCUAGGGUGUCAGCUAUAAACUUGGUGGGCGAUCUUCUUCGGAAAGUGGGGCUUGAGAGGUUUCUUUGCCGCGAAUGUGGUAAGGUCAAAUGCGCGUGUUUCACCGAGCAAAGUUCUCCACCUCACGAGUUCGUUGAUCAAAAGGAAUCAGAAAAUUCAAUUGAUUCAGUUGAAUUACGGAAACCGGAGUUAAAACCGCAAAUAGAGACCAGACAAAGGUGCUCUGAUCAACCGUUUCAAAGGUCCAUACAAAACGAUGGGAAGCUACGAAGAUCCUUCAUAGCUUUGGAAUCAAAGUUAGCAUCGUGUCGUGGUACGGUUAGACCUAAAGAGCAUUCGCCAAACUCAGCUUCGGAAGUGAAUAAGGACUACAGGUGUGUACUCAAGAACUAA